GCUUUAGCUCUGUUUUCCAAGCGAGUCUGAUUUCGGGGGUAAAAUAAGUUGAAAUCAGUAUGGCGUCUGAGCGAAGAGCAGCUGCUUGCGUCAUUUCAAAAUAUUGUAACUUUAGCCAAAAGUUCGUUACUUAUGGUUGAUAUUUCUGUGAUAAGAUACUCUUGAGUGUUUCGCUGAACUUUGAAGGCUCGUUAACCGACGUAAUGGCGGAUUUAACAGAGUUAAAAAUGAACGUGGCCGCCUUGAAGCGCGUCGACCCCUACGUAAAGGAUAUUCUUGAGACAGCAACCCAUGUAGCCUUGUACACAUUCAACGCGGAGAAUAACGAGUGGGAAAAAACGGACGUCGAGGGUGCUUUGUUCGUUUAUUCCCGCAAUGGGGAACCCUACAACAGUGUGCUAAUCAUGAACCGAUUGAACACGAAUAACUUGGUUGAACCAGUUACUCAAGGUUUGGAUCUCCAACUGCAAGAACCGUUCCUCCUUUAUAGAAAUUCAAGGUGCAACAUCUUCGGUAUCUGGUUUUAUGAUAAGGAAGAGUGCAUUCGUAUCGCGUCGAUGUUGAAUAAACUUGUCAAAGAGUCUGAACAGAGCAGAAAAUCAUCCAGCAAAACAUUGUCUAAAAGCAAACAGAAUUCAGGAUCAAAUGCUAACAGUGUCGACAUAUUUAGCAUGCUGAGCAAGGCUCAGGAAGAUUUUAACACUAACAGAGGUGGCGUCAAGUCUCCCGGAAAUAACUCCCUGCUAGAAAACAUGGCAGGUCCAUUAUCCGCGCCACUUGGUCCCGACGUGACCUCACAAAGUGUAAUGGACUUUUUUGCCAAAGCCAAGGUAAACCCUGGACAUUUUGCUGACCAACCUCCAACCAGGAAUUCGUGCCCAUCGGGUCCUGUAGUACCUGAGGCAAAACCUUUACUUGCUCGACUGAUGUCUCAUCCUGCUGCACAUACUCUGGAGCACAUUGAAAAGCAGCAGCGUUCGACUACUCCUCAACCAGGACCUCCGUCUCAUUCUCAACCACAACCGCCUACAACUGUCGUUACAAAUAACGUAUCAGGAAGUUCAUCUAUCAGAUCUAAAAAGCGAAAUCGUGUACUUACUACUCAAAUGGAAUCUGCGGUAACCUCCGCCUCAGCUUCAGUGUCCCAAGAUCUCCAGACUUCCACAGAUGCUAAUUCAAAUGAUUCAAGUACUGCUUCCGGAUUUCUCAGGAUACAAUCUCCAACAAGUACCACAUUAAAUAAUCACCAUCAAUCCGGAACUAACUCCACUGCUAACCCCCUUGCAUCUCUGUUUGCACAAGCUACUGGCCCAGCGGUUUCAGAUGAACCAGUGUGUUCUACAGCUACAACCGGUCCAGCAUUAAUACCGCCAGUUAUGUUUGCUGCACCAAGUCCACCAGAUCCAUUGACCAGACCAGUCGAGCCACUGACAAGGAAUCAGCUGCUGCAGGCGUUCAAUUACCUCCUAAGAACUGAUCCAGAUUUUGUGAACAAGCUCCACGAGGCUUACGUCGAAUCAUUUGGAUGUGACGGCCAACUACACACACCACGACUGAUCUAGAGAACAAAACUAAAGCAGUUUCCACAUUACAUCUAUGUACAUAGGUUGGAAUGAGCGUGUAAAGUUCUAAAUUCAUGAUCUUGACUAAACUCAGAGCGAGCUUAUUUCUCAGAGUGAAAAUACAAAUAAAAAAAGAAUAAAGAAAUGAAAAAUCCCCGGACAGUAUUUUUGUAAGUCAAAAUAUUUCCCUGAGACAAAAGUGGAACAGAAAAUAAUCCAAAUUGACGAUGAGGAUUGUUCAGUCCUUGAUUCUCUAUAGCUCGUUGUUAGCUUGCUAUAUGAAACGAAACAAAACAAAAAAAAUGAAAAAAAAAACAAAAAAAAAACUAUAUACAGUUGUGACAAUUUAUGGAAAACUUUAACAUUGAGAGUCCCGCCAAAUAAUGUUUAUCUGUGAUGGGAAUUUAAUCGUAUUGAAACUAGUAUGUUACUUUGAUUAUACCUGUGGAUUGAAAAAAAAGCGCUGGAAGAAUAAUAAACAUUUAAUUACGACUAA